AUGGACGUGGACAAGUUGUUCAAGGUGAGUCUGCCUUUUACCGCACAAAUGCUACGCUACGAAGCAGGUAUCUUAAGUUCUCCACUUCUAUGUCUGUGCUUCAUAGCUUCCUAAACUGCCAGCCUCGUCCGUCAAUAAAAGAAAAUGGGCAGAGCCCAGCAACGAUGCUUUGAAAGCUGCGCAGGUAGAGGACGUCGACGACCAAGAGGGCGCCGAUCUGCGCUACCAGAAGCGUAGCAAUGCUCCUGCAAGGUCAGCUCGAGCAUCAAAUUUCGCUACUGAAGACGAUGCAGAGGGUCCACAUCUGCCUCCAAAUGACGAGGAUGAGUUCGCGCCGGGCAACGAUGCGGACUACUUUGUCGAUGAGGACGACGAGGGCGGGAGAUUCUUUGGUGGGGGCUUGACAGAUCAACAGAAGAGAAUCAUCGAAAUCAUGAAUUCGGGAGAUGGCGAUGAUGAAGAAGUCAAGCCGGAGCAGAUUCUGAGAGACUUGAAAAGGAGCUUGCUGAAGUGCGAGCGUGCUGUCAAUAGGAAUGCGGAAUUGAGGGUCAAGUACUCUGACGAUCCUGAAAAGUGAGUUGUCGGCAGCCGGUUGCGCUUCUCUGAUGUGCAUGCACGCGCAGCUUUGGGAUGGAAGAGCAGGUGCAUCAAUCACAGAAGAUCUCCACUGAUGCAUCUUCUCCUCAGAUUUGUGGAAUCCGAAGCGGAUCUCGAUUCCUCUCUAAAAGCUCUCGUGGUACUUACAACGAACCCGGCGCUCUUGUAUCCCGAAGCUAUCAAGAACGAAUUGCCCAAGACUCUCUGCGAUCUUUUAUCCCACGAGAACGUGGACAUCGUCGCUGCUGUCAUUGAGCUUGUCGAGGAGCUGACUGACGACGAUGUGCUGGAUGCAGGUGUGUUGGACGAGGAAGAUGAGCAAGAUGGUGGGUCGCGUCAAGGAGAAGCAGCUGUGGCCCAGCUGGUCAACCAAUUGGUGAGCUCAUACGCAGGUCAGGGUGGCAGGGGUGUCUACUGACAGAUUGAGACUUUCAAAGCUUGAUAGAGGCUUCUUGGACCUGCUCAUUCCGAAUUUGACUCGGCUAUCGGAUGAAGCACCAGAGGGCGGGGAUGCCACAGCGAUCGCGAACGCAGAGUCAGAUGCGAACACCAUCUACCAUAUGCUGGGUGCCCUCGAGAAUUUGCUGUCGCUCAAACCCACGCUGGCAAGACACUUGGCGGACAGCACUUUGCUUGGCUGGCUGCUCGAGAGGGCAGCAAGAAAAGGCAAGCAUGACCAGAAUCGAGGCUAUGCGGCCGAGCUGCUCGCUGUUCUGGUGCAAAGUCAAGAGGGCAACUACGUGUGCCAAAAGCUGGGAGAAAAGCAUGGCAUCGACGAUGUCCUUCAACUCUUGUCCGUGAGUAAUAGUCCGUUCAAUCUGCGCUCCUCCACAGGUGGGCUCACGAUCUCCCUUCUUCUCGUCGACAAAGCGGUAUCGCAAGACAGAUCCGGCAGACGAUGAAGAGACCGAGUUCGUCGAGAACGUGUUCGACAUUCUGUGUGCUGCGCUGUCGUCUCUUGAUAAGAACCAGACGCGAUUCUACAGAUCAGAAGGAACGGAGCUCAUGUGCAUCUUUCUGAAGUGAGCAAACGUCUCGGGCGCAUCAAUCAUGUGUAUUCAUGAAGAACUGGCUCUUUGACACGACCCCCUGCUUGCCUUAGAGAGAAGCGACCAACGCGGUUGCGCGCCAUCAAGGUUCUCGACUACGCGCUUUCUGGGACUGCUGGAGCUAAAGCUUGCGAGACUUUCGUUGAGUCGAUGGGCUUGGCGCCACUCUUCUCCAUGUUAAUGGGCAGAGUGAGUGAUCUUGGGCGCUGCUGCUCGCAUCAGAUGUGGGCUUGCUGACCAUGCCGCGCCCAUGACCCGCGUGUCAAACCUCAGGGCUUCAAGAAAGCGAACGCACCUACGGCUUCGGACGAAGAACACAUGCUAGGUGUAGUCGUCAGCCUCUUCAACAACUUGGCAUCUGACAGUCAACCUAGGAUACGUCUCUUGGCUAAGUUCGUCGAGGAUGAAUACGCGAAGGUGGACAGGCUGCUCGAGAUGAGCGAUGCUUGCAGCGCUAGGUUGAAAGGCAUCGACAAGGAGAUCGCAGUGGAAAGGCAGGUAUGUUGCGAUCAGAGGAGCGCGCAGAAUCGAAAGUUCCCCCAAUCGCGGGAUGUCUGCCAGAUUGAACACGGCAUGUGUCCCAUCUACCUCAUUGCGUACUUUCCCAGGCACAAGAAGCUGACGGAUCACGGGACGUCUCACUCGAAGAGGAGCUCUUCUACCUGCGUCGUCUGGAUGCAGGUCUGCAUUCUCUGCAGCACAUAAGCUAUAUCAUCGCUUGGCUCUGCAUGGAAGAUGACGGAGUUGCCGCUCAUUUGCGAACGAUGCUCUCGCGCAAGGGACACAAGCUGGACGGCCAAAUCGUCGACGUUCUCAAAGAGUGGUACGAACAUAUAGGCGAGGAUGCAGUCGUUGCUGAGCCCAUUCCUGGGUCCAACGAGCCAGCGCUCCUCUUGCAAGAUGUCAUCAUUCAGCUUGUCAACUACAUGCUGGGUAUCGCCUAA